AUGGAUGCGGCGUUGCAGGGGCACCAGGUACACCCGGAAGGGCGAGCCUGGAAGAAGCAUUUCCCCGAGGGUGAUCUUUGGGUUUUUGGAUACGGGAGUUUGAUCUGGAAACCACCGCCUCAUUUUGAUCAGCGGGUACCGGGGUAUAUCAACGGCUACGUGCGGCGCUUCUGGCAGGCUAGUUCUGAUCAUCGUGGGACAUUGGAGAAGCCGGGACGAGUCGUUACGGUGAUCGAGCAGGAAUUUUGGGAAACUCUCGAUGAUCCGCUAGCUACCCUUGAAUCCGAAUCCGCCUCCAUAGGUAAGGUCUGGGGCGCGGCGUAUCAUAUUCCCGCCUCCCACGCCGAGGAGGUUCAUGAUUACCUCGACGAGCGCGAGAUCAAUGGGUAUACGGCGCAUUUCACCCCCUUCCAUGCGAUCUCUCCCGUAGCGACAAGAACAGUCGCAAAGGUCCCCGAGGCCGAUGCCACAACCCCGAUCACUUGCAUGGUGUAUAUCGGACAACCUACCAAUCCCCAGUUUCUUCGUGAACACGAAGAGCGUGACGCCGAGCAGGUGGCUCAGGUUAUUAGCGACAGCCAGGGAAAAAGUGGCAAGAAUACGGAGUAUCUUUAUCUUCUGGAGAAGGCAUUGGAGGGAAUUGGGCUGGGCACGGCCGAUGUGCAUGUCACCGAUCUAGUGAAGCGGGUGAAGGCUAUCAAGGCUGACGACCAACCCGAAGCUGAAGAGCAGGAGGCAGCAAGAGAUGUGCGCAAAUAUCUAGCUUUGGCUGGAGACUCGGUGCACGGAGACAGAAUCGAAUGA